ACAUGUCAAUCAGGAUUAAUGCCCAUACAAACCUCCCCUUUAGGUUCAUCCAGGUCCUUUCACUAGUAGAAGUAUAGCGAAGCCAGGGCAGAGGCGGUAAUAUAUAAAGCAGAAGAGGACAGGACAGAAACACAACUCCAAAGCCCAGCGGUUUCAGUAGCGCACUCCACGGACCGCAGCCUGGACUCUCACGUUAGAGCGUCUCUAACAGUGGUUGACAGGCGUAAUGACGGAUCACUCGUUAAUUUCCAGAGCGUGAUGCAUGUAGACUGUCAUGUCAGAGCUCCUUGAAGUCAAACCGUUUUUUGUCGCCAGUGGAUUACUCAUGCAAGAGUUUCUGAUGCUGCAAAUGAGAGUCUUUGCAAGCUGACACACUUGCUCAUAAAUCGCACUGUUGGGAGGACACCAGAAGUGCACGUAAACUUGUAGCGUAAACAUUAUAGGCUACUCAUCGGCUGCCAGCGAGCUCUUUUCGAGAUGGAUUUGAAGAACGCGUGUCGUAUGUGUCUUUUCCCGCUUCAAAUGCUCUAUUAUAUAGUCAGAGCAAGUUUGUUUUCGCUGUUGCCAAACAGAAGGAAGGACCUGACCAAGGAGGUGGUAUUGAUCACCGGUGGGGGACGAGGCAUCGGUCGUCACCUGGCUAAUGAGUUUGCCAAGCAGGGGGCCAGAAAGGUUAUCUUGUGGGGCCGAACAGAAAAGUGCCUUAAAGAAGCAGCAGAAGAGAUCUCUCUCUCAGGAACCGAGUGCCAUUACUUCCUGUGUGAUGUGGCCAAUCGGGAAGAAGUUUACAAGCAAGCCAAGGUGGUUAGAGAAAAGGUGGGGGAUGUUACGAUAUUAGUGAACAAUGCAGCUGUGGUGCACGGCAAAAGUCUGAUAGACAGCGAUGACGACGCCCUUCUGAAAUCCCAACACAUCAACACCAUGGGACAGUUCUGGACUACAAAAGCCUUCCUCCCUCGGAUGCUGGAGCUGCAGCACGGACACGUAGUGUGCAUAAACUCCAUCCUGUCCCAGUCUCCCAUCCCUGGAGCCAUAGACUACAGCACCUCUAAGGCAUCAUCGCUGGCGUUCAUGGAGAGUCUGACACUAGGCAUGCUGGACUGUCCCGGCGUUGGCUGCACCACCGUGCUUCCUUUCCACACUAACACCGAGAUGUUCCAGGGCAUGAGAGUCAGGUUUCCCCAGCUCUUUCCUCCUCUCAAACCAGAGAUAGUUGCCCAGAGGACUGUGGAUGCAGUGAGAGCUGACAAGGCCUUUCUCUAUUUGCCCUGGACUAUGCAUGCCCUUGUCUUUUUAAAAAGCUUCAUGCCACAAGUUGCACUUGAAGAAAUCCACAAGUUUUCUGGGAGUUACACCUGCAUGAACACUUUCAAAGGGAGGACAUGAACCUGGAUAGCACUCAAUGUGCGAGAGACCGCAACAGCUUUGGGGUGUAAUGAAGGGAAUAUGGACCUUAAGACAUCUGGAAGUGGAAGAUGCCCUGUGAUAGUGUGAAGACUUAGGGGACAUGCAAGGUGGUUGCUUCUGCAGGUAGAAUUAAGAUGAACUGCAGGAUAUAACCAUGCCUCAUUUGUUUGAGUGUGUGCCUAUGUGUAUAGUAUGAAGGACUGAAUGCCUCACUUUGAACAUAAGCCAUGCAUGGUCUGUACCAGUAGUUUCUCUGGGAGUUUUUUUGACACAUGUUUUAGACUGUUUUUACACUCCUUUUUUAUUCUCCUUUUAAUAUGUGUUUAAAUCAAAACAAGAUAAUAAAAUGGAGUUUUAGAGAUGCACUGUAUUUCUUUAUGCAUGAUGAAGAUAGAAAAACUGAACACUUGGGAGGUACAGACUGUUUUGUGUCUGGGUUUUGACUUCCAUGGCAGUGUGAUAACACCUUUGAUUUAUAACAAGCAUGAGAUCAGUGACUGUGACAGACGAUGUUGUCAAAACAUAAAACAUAUGCUAGGAGGGGUCAUGUGUGUUCUUGACUGUUUUCCGCUGACGGAAAAUGUUAAAGGGGGAAUGAUGUAAUACUGCAUAAAAAUAAUAAACUCAAAACAAGUCGGUCAGGA